AUGGACCCUCACUCCAUUACCACUGAUAAUGGAACUCAGUUUACAAACUCCACCUUCAAAAAUCUGGUAGCUAGCAUGAAGAUUAAGCAUCGGUUCACCUCGGUAGAGCACCCACAAGCAAAUGGGCAAGCUGAGGCAGCUAACAAAGUUAUACUAGCUGGAUUGAAGAAAAGGUUGCAAGUCGAAAUCAAUGAGCAAAGUCCAAGGGUGAACUUCUACGACGAGGUUGGCAACAUACAGGGGCACAAAGAAGAACUCGACCUACUCCCUGAAGUCCGAGAACAAGCCCAGAUAAGAGAAGCAGCAUUGAAGCAAAGGAUGACAAACAGAUACAAAAAGAAAGUCAUUCAAAGAAGCUUCACUCCAGACAACUUGGUCUUGAUCAGAAAUGACAAACAAGUCUGGGGAUGGGAAGCUCGCUGCUAA